AUAUAAACCCCUCGAUCCCUCUACUGCCAACCAACCUUUCCAUCCAGCACCACUCACCAACAUCCUCACCUUUCCCAACUCAUACCAACCACCCCCCCAAGACAAACCCUCUCAAAAUCAACAUGCAACUCACCACCACCCUCAUCCUCGCCCUCCACGCCGCGACCAGCGCCUGGGCUCUCCCCGAGCCCGCCGCCGCCGCUAACAAGGUGACCGCACGCAACAACGCCGGCGCGGCGCUCGAGGGCCGCUGCGUCGCCAACCUGCCCAACUGCCAGGGCGCGACCUAUGUCGGCGACGACAACUGCUGGUGCGACGGCCAGGUGGCGCCGUGCGGCAACUGGAAGUGCGGCUGGGAUGGGCCGCAGUCUAUCCUGAACUGCGGAUCGGAGGGGAGCGGGUGCACCUGGGUCAACUAA